AUGGGUCUGUAUGCUGAAGGCUGGUAUAAUGGCACGUUUCAAGAAUACCUACUGGACAUGACGAUGGCUACCAGAGAAUUAGGAGUUCGCAGUGGUUAUAUAAGCUCAGCACUUAUGAUCGAAUGGCUGAAUGCUUCAGAAGUACUAGUCCCUACAAUGCUAUGGGGAACGGAGGUAAAUAACAGCAGCAUGGUGCUGAAACUACGAUAUGGCACCUCAGAUCUUGGCGGAGGAGCCAUCCGAAUGAUGCUAGAACGUUUACAUAAACUGGAUUACCCUAUGCCUAUAUGGCCUUUCAAUGUUGGAUUCACAUACCUUGCUGAACGUGAGAGCAGUAGCAAUAUGUUUAUGAAACCGUUUACCAUCAACGUGUGGUGGUGCACAUUGGGCCUCUUCAUCGUUUUGGCUCUAGCGCAGCGAAUCACAGCCAAACACCCAGUGGAAAAAGAAGGGGCUUACAUCGCCGCUCUUGCCACGUAUUUGCAGCAAGAUGCAAGCGCUGUACCAGAAGGAGUGUCGGGCCGUUGGUCUUUCUUAGUAUUGUCAAUAUCAGCGAUGCUUAUCCACGCCUACUAUACAUCUGCAAUCGUUUCUGCAUUAAUGAGUGCUGGCAGAGACGGCCUGGACUCUCUCCGAGCUUUGGGAGACUCGAAAUACUCAAUUGCGUCAGAGGACUACGAUUAUAUGCGCUAUUUGAUGUUCGAUGUACAAACUAACUGGGAUGACCUGGAAUACUUGAAAAGGAAGAAAAAGACGUCAAGUUUCUAUCAAGAUAUCCACACGGGGGUACGCAUGUUGCAAGCUGGCCAGACGGCCUUUCAUACUGAAUAUAACCAGCUCUAUCCACAUUUGAGAACCUUCACUGAUGAUCAAAUUUGUAGGCUGCAAUAUGUUGAUACUAUUCCUGAGCUGGCAUCACUUACGGAACGUAUGAAUCAGAUGAUCAGCUCGCUUUACACACCAACAGCAUCAAAAGCAGAAGCUACCACGUCGCCGCCCACUUCGGCCAGUUCACCUACUGCACCUGCUGGAGACCACUCUAACUACCCAUACAAUACUUAUUACGCAUAUCCUCCAUACUCCAUACCGGCACCUCAAGUUAUAUACGUAACGCCAACACAGUACCCGCCACUUCCCGGACCAUUUAUACCAACAACCGCUGUAGAUCCUAACGUAAAACCAUUUAAAAGUAUGUACUAUCCGCGCAAAGAAAUUGCUCAACCAUUCGAUUUUGCAUUCCCUGGAUCCAUGGAUGCAUUAUCUCCUUACCAAAAUUAUUACGAUCACUAUCCUUUUACGCAGUAUCCGUCGCCGCCACAAUAUCCUAUUCCUACUCCGUAUCAGCCCUCGCCAUAUCCACCACCUUAUCCUUAUCCUGAAUAUCCAAAAAUGCCCUUGUAUCCAUCGGUCUCUCCUUAUCAAGCUCCUCCUCAAGUUUAUUCACCUCCUCCAGCUCCUUAUCCAUUUCCACCAAUAUACCAUAAAUCAAAUGAAAUGCCUUCGCCACCUUACUAUUUAAAUUCUCUAACAGAAACAAUAAUAAAUGACGACGAUAAAUCCAACGAACCUCGGGAUAUUCUUAAUGUACAACCUGACGUCGGUGACGAUAAUACUACAGAGUACCAAGCAGCACCAAUUGACUGGAUGAACACGUUCAUCGAAUCAGGUAGUACUAUAUUUCCAACAUCCUCCGCAGCUUUAAUGGCUCAAGCCACCAGCUCGGAUAAGUCAGCCGAAGAACAACUUGAAGAUAUAAAGGAAAUCGCGAACCAAAUUACAAUGUCGAUACAAAGUGAAAUGGCUAACCUUCUUUCGUACGCGAUAUCUAGUACCAGUAAUGAAACUGACAAUAAGCUUAGAAGGAAAAGGUCUGUUGAAACACCAAUGGACAGUUCACAGUUGGUCAUGAGACUAUUAAAACAUAUCAAGUCUAAUAAUGAAUACCAGAACAUCGCAAUAGAAAAAAUGAUGACUGCUCAAGAAAUUGCCGAUAAAUACGGAAUCAGUUUUAGUCCUGAUCCUGAAACACUUUCUGAUCUGGCUUUAGCUGCAAAUGAACAAGCCGAAGAAAUGUCUGCAAUUCUCAAAGAGGCCAUCGAAAGCAAAAAUGUUACCAAGAGAGAACCGGAGUCAAAUGAAAACACAAAUAUAGUUGAAAAUAUGCAGCUUAACUCUACCGAUAAUUUUAAUAAAUGUUUUGAUCAAUACGAGAAUAAGCAGGAAAAUUCAACUAAUCAUAUUUUAAAUUUCGAAAUACUUAAGGAGAAUGAUUGCAAUGCUCAUCCAGCUGCAUCCCAUUACAACCACUACAACUACUAUCCAGUUGAAUCACAAAUAAUGUCACCACCGCACUUUUACAAUGCUCCUGUCAGUCAGCGACCAAAUUUCUAUGACUUGGUUUCGAAUAACCCAAUACAAGAUUAUUACUGUACCAUGGAGCCCACUACGACUACCAUAAUUCUGUCGAAUGACGAACCCGAGGAGGCAGAACCUGAAUUAGUAGCUGAAGAAUAUGAAGAGACCGUAUCUUCGAAAGUCUUCAUAAAUCACGAGGAAGCACCUGAUGUAUCAACUGUAAACCAUGUGAUGAGUUAUACAAUAUCCGAGAAAGCUCAUUUUAGGACACCCCAAAUUGAAAGUUUACCUCAACAAAUGCAAUAUUACUUUUUACUAAUGUAAAUACUACCUUUUCCAAAAAAAAAUGUUAGUGCUACAUAGUAUAAGUUUUAUAUCAGCGGGCUUAUUCUUAGACAUUUUAGCGUGUCUAGUGCAAAACUCCAAAGUCGUAAUCUGUCAUCUCUUACAAAAGUGCCAUUGUUGGCAGAAGCGAUUAAAAAUUUAAAAAAGAAAUCCGGUCAAAAUCACACUAUCAUAAGACGAAUGGUUGCGACCCAGUAACAUGACACAGAAAAAUAUAUAGGUACAAGCCCGCUGGUUUGUUGUAUUGAUUUGUAACGUGUAUUUAAUUAAAGACCCUGUAUAGAAGAAGUUUAAUAUAUUUCAAGAAAAAUA